UAUUCCACAUUUGACUGCAACUUGCGAAGGUGAAGUGAGUGAGCAUCGGAAUAGUCGUAAUAGCAAAUAUGGCAGCACUACCCACCACCUAUAAUGAAAAGGAUAAUACCUGGAGUGGUGCCAAGCGUAACUCGAUCUUCAACUAUGAUACGUCUGUUGGGAAAAUUAUAUUCAAUACCAUGAGAAAUUGGCCAAAGAAUGUUUGUCAAAUCAACGAUGUUGAUGGUGUAUCAUUGACAAAUGGUCAAGCUAUUACUUGGGCCAUACGAAUUGCGCAGUAUUUGAAGAAACGUGGCCUUAACCAUAAGGAUGUUAUUGGGAUAUCGGCUAAGAAUACGACUUAUGUGCUUCCUUUGGGCAUUGCUUGUCUGAUGAACUCCACCCCUUUCCAUGCAGUAAAUCCCAUGCUUGAUGAGGAAACCAUCAAGUAUGUUUUCGAAUUAACCAAGCCAAUGGUCAUAUUUUGUGAUGGUCACGAAUACGAGAAAAUCCAUUCGGCAACUCGGGGCUGGCAUCCAGAAAUAUUUACGAUGGUUGAUCAUAUCGAGGGUGUGCCCAAGAUUGAGACUCUGUUGGAUGCCACAAAUACGGAAAUGCUUUAUCAACCUGAACUGCUUAAAAAUGGUGGAGAUCAGACAGUGGCUAUUUUGUGCUCUUCGGGAACUACGGGAUUACCAAAGGCCGUCUGCUUAUCCAACAGCAUCCUUAUACAGGACAGCAUGCUGGUCACCAGCGAAUCGAUUAUCUACACAUCGAGUUCCUUGGAUUGGAUCACUGGCCUCUGGGCCUUUAUUUUCAGCACAGUCUUUGGCUGCACUCGCAUCAUAACCAAUAAGCCCUUUAGUCCCGAAUAUUUUGUGGAGUUGGUGAAGAAGUACAAGAUCAAUUAUGCUGUGGUACCUCCUCGUCAUCUUUCCGCUUUGAUCACUUGCCCGGAGGCAACGACUGAAGCUCUUUCGCCCAUUCGCAUGCUCAACUAUGGCGGAGGUUUGGUUACGUUGACAACAUUACAGCGGGCCCAGGAGAUAUGCAAGACUGCCAUGUUCAAUUCGGGAUAUGGCAUGACCGAAGUGGGUGCUAUAACUGGUAAUAUUGGGAUUAGUAACAACAACUCGGCUGGUCGCUUAAUGCCGGGCAUUAAAAUCCGCAUUGUCGACGAGGAAGGCAAGAGCUUGAGUUAUAAACAAGUGGGCGAGAUUUAUGUGCACACCGGACAGGCAUGGAAUGGUUACUACGGCAAUCCUGUGGAGACGCGGCGAAUGCAGGACUUUGAGGGUUGGUUCCACACUGGUGAUUUGGGAUACUUUGAUGAGCAGAACUUCUUGUAUAUUGUGGAUCGCAAGAAGGAGAUCCUCAAGUAUCAGGGUCUGCAUUAUUGGCCCACAGAAAUCGAGACUGUUAUUGCGGAGCUGCCACAGGUGCAGGAUGUGUGCGUUGUGGGCAUCUACGAUGAGCGUCAAGGCGAUGCUGCUGGCGCAUUGAUUGUCAAGCGAAAGGGAUAUGAGAUCAACGAGAAGGCGAUCAUCGAUCAUGUGGCCAAGCGAUUGACUGGUGUGCAGAAGCAACUUCAUGCCGGCGUUCGCUUCACUGAUAAACUGCCAGCGAAUUUUAAUGGCAAGACGAUCCGAAAGGCAGCGCGAGACGUAUUUGUUUCCAUUAAAUAAUUUAUAGAUACCUUUAUAAAUAAAACCUAUUAUAUUACCUUUGAA